AUGGGGCAUGCUGGGCGCCAGUUCCAAGCCCUGUUCUGGAAGAACUGGCUUUGCAGACUACGGCACCCAGUCCUCUCCCUUGCUGAAUUCUUCUGGCCAUGUAUCCUCUUCAUGAUUCUGACCGUGCUUCGUUUUCAAGAACCCCCCAGACACAGAGAUAGCUGUUACUUGCAAGCCCGGGAUCUUCCCAGCCAGGGUGUUCUCCCUUUUGUUAAAGGACUGCUUUGUAACACUGGCUCAAGUUGUAGGAACAUCAGCUUUGAGAGUUCCAUGGAUCACCAUUUUCGUUUGUCUAGGUUCCAAACUGCAACUGAUGACAGCAAAGUCAGUAGCCUGGUAUUUUUAAAAGAGCUACAGGACCUGGCUGAGGACAUUUUUGAAACAAUGCACAAGGCAAAGAGCUUACAAAACCUCUGGCUGAAAAGGUCAGACACUCCAGGUUCCUCUUAUGGCUCCAGUUUUUUAACAAUGGAUCUCAAUAAAACUGAAGAUGUGAUAUCAAAAUUGGAAAGCCUCCACCAGCAACCUCAUAUUUGGCAUUUUCUACAUUCACUUCCCAGCCUGCACACAACCAGCGCUCACUUGGAAGACAGCAUAGAUACCGUGGCACACUUUCUCCAGGCAGGCUUGAAUUCGUUAACAUCUCUGGGGGAUUUGGAUUGGCUACCAUUGCACCAGACGGUCUUCCACGUUUCUAGACAUGCUCUGAAUGUGACCAUUUCCACCCUGAGGUUUCUGAUGCAGCACAGAGUGGCUGUCAAUGAGUCCGUUUACCACCUAUCCCUGCAGAAAAUGAUAUGGGACCCACAGAAAGUCCAAGCUGAUCUCAAAUCCCAAUUUGGUUUCAAUGGCCAUCAAGUGGAACAUAUCCUGAAUUAUUCAUCUGAGCUGAAGGAGAUUCCUACACACCAGGUCCUCAAGAGGAUGAUAUGUUCCAUCUUGUCCAAUACUUCUGAGGAUGAAGCUGAGAGCAAGGGCUACCAGGCAGACUGUCACCCCAAGUGGUCAGCAGUCAAGGACUAUAUCAUCCAUGCAGUCAGUUGGCUGAAACUCUAUGCACAGGUGUUUGACCAGUGGCAGCAGGGUGGUCUGCUGCAGAACCUGCUCACAGGUGUCAGUCACAGCCUGGCAGCUCUUAGGGAGCAGUUUAAAGAGGAAAGUGAACCAUGGAAGGUAGUGGAAACCCUGCACACUGCCAUUCUCAUCCUGAGUGACAGCUUGGCAGCGGAUGGCCCCAGAGACAGCCAUCUGUUUUCACAGAUAUUCCAGCUUCUGGGCAAGUUGCAAUGUGUGGUGUCAGACCUGUCCCCAUGGCCGGUUCUGAAGAGAUUGCCCCUGCUGGAUACUGUUCUCAGAAACAUGGUGACCCAGGACUUGCGUUUUGUCCAAGGAGUCCUCAGUUACCUGGAGACAUCAGCAAGGGAUUUUAUGCCUGGUGGAUCUGGCAGCUGGAUACUAGAAAAGGAUAUGUUCUUCUGGGGGCUAAAACAGCUGUUGACAAAGAACGCUUCUGCCACUUGCCUGAAUGGACACUUGUCCCAGGAGGCAGCCCUCCCCAUUGGGAACGCCAGCAUCUGGAGAAGUCUCUGGGGAGUGCUAUGCCACGACCCCUCCGUCAAUGAGACCAGUGUUUUACAUGAGCUGCUUCUUGCAGUGAAGGAAGCUGGUCAUAGUUUGCAAGAUGUCAUUGUGGCACAUACGGAUGAACCAGUUUCAGAACAAUUUGGGCAUUUAGGUUGGCAGGAACUUGGGACACAGCUGUCAGAAGUGAACUUUACUUGUUCUCGGGUCUUCAAGCUGCCAGGAGCUGCCAUGUCACCUGAGAAAGGUAUCUCUCCAGGUGGCUGUGAGUACCAGCUUGUUUCCACAGUGAUGUCUCACAUACUUGAAGAAGGACAAAUGUCCCUGGAGCAUGUAUUGUAUUGGAAAAUCUUCAUAGGGAUCAUCAGGAAGACAUGUGAAUUGACUCGAUAUGUGAACAUGCAUGAAAGUUUCCAGAACAGUCUGCCAUCUUUCUCUGACGACUCUCCUUGUUAUACAAAAAACAUGGAUUGGAAAGCCAUUAUUGAUACGUACUUUGUAUUUUUCAAUAACAUUAUGAAGUCCCCAAUAACUUCCAUAGCCAGGGUCUUAAAUUUCACAAAGCACCUUUUAGUGGUGGACAAGAAGAUGCAUGCCUUUGAAAAUGGACAGACGAGCAUUCUUUUGUCACUUGUGGAGUUUUUGGAGGAAUUUUUGUUGUUCGACCCUUCUGGCUCACUCACUGCUCCUGAAUUUCAUAGUUUCUCUUCUCUCAGUGACCUUGUUCUGAAUAGAAGCGUUCCAUGGAUAAAUCGCUUAAAAAGUUUAGAGAGAGACCCACAUGAUGGUGAUGCUCAGAAACUUCAGGAAAUUCAGAAACUGGUUAUUGAAAAAAUUCAAAGUCUUAAAAAUCAUUGGAUGAGGAGGGAAUCCAAAAAUAUUUUGAGAUUCAUUGAAUUAAUACUUCUUGAAAUUAACCCAGAACUGCGAGGAUUCUGGCUCAAUGGCACUUCACAAGGAGGAAGAGCUAAAUUUGAAAUCUCAUCCACACUUGGAAAUUUUUCUGUUCCAGAAUAUGAGAAAAUUCAUAGCAAAAGCUUUAAUCUCUCCCAAUUGUUCCAUGCCUAUUGGCCCAACUCACCAGCUGCGAACACAGACUUUAUACACUUAAGCAGGGCUAUAAUACACAGUCUCUAUGAAUUUAGCUUCCUGACACAGGAACAAGUCUCAAUAGCUCUGGACACCAUCUAUGCUCUGCAGAACAUGUCUGAGCAUUUCUCAGCCCUUUCUGAACCCCAGAAACAAGAACUGAAUGACAUUUUGGCUUGUAUAAAUGUCUUCAAAGACAGAGAUGCAACUCUUCUUCUGCAGACCUAUUCUUCGCUUUACCAAUACUUUCAUAAAUUCCUUAAUGUUCAGAAUAGAGAGUCUUUGAUAAUUUAUCUUACUUGGCUCUCUAGAUACAUUUUGGAUCUCAUAAAGCAGCUUAAUAUCCAAAACAUCCACAAAGCACUUUUGCUUUUAUCUGAGACAACAGAGGCUCUUGGGACAAUACUGGAAGUAUCUUACUGUCAGCAAUUGCUUUCAAUUUUAAAAUUUUUGGAGCUUCAAGCCCAGUCGCUGAUGUCUGCCGAGGGCCUGGCACCAGGAGUGAUUCAUGCUACUUUGACAGGCCUCAAGCAGCUGUUUGCAGUGGAUGAAGGCUUUCGUGUUUCUUUACUUCAGUAUGUCAAUCAGUUCUCCAAUGCUUCAGCAGGGACCCUGCUGCUGAGUGAAUGCACCAUUCUUGGAAAUGCAACCAUUUCUUCAGUGAAUUAUUCAGGAAAUGAAGGAGCUUCACUUCCUUUCCCAUGGACACAAUUGUUUUCAAACCUCUCAGUAAAUGGCACUGCGAUCAGUGAAUUCAUGGCCAUUCAGUGCACCCUUUCAUGGAUUCAGACCUGGACUGAGAUCUGGGGAAGCAUUUCUCAAAUAUUUAAACUUGACCUGAAUAUUUUUACUUUUCUUCAUGUUGGUAUCACUCAGCUUUUGGAUGAACUGGGAAAUGAUGGGAACAUUUCUAAAACCUGCCGAGGAAUAGUCCCCACUUAUCAUACUGCUGGACUCAUAUUAGAUUUAUUUAAAAAUGUAACUCAGGAGAAUGACUUUCAUGACUGGGAUGGCCUCCUGGUCCUCAGGGAUCUUUGGGUAGCAUUAGGUAAUGAAUUAGCUGCAGUGCGAUCACUUAACCUGGACCAAGUAGAGAAAUCUUUUGUCACCAUGGAAACCUCCCUGCACCAGCUGAAGACAUUUCUAAUGAAAACAAACACAAGCUGGGAGUUUUUAUAUCCCCUCUUUGAUGUCUUCAUUGAGUUGAGCAAAGCCUCAGACUAUGUGGAUAGAAAUGGUGAUCUGAUAAAUAACUUUCUUUCCAAUGAUCUCACAGAUCAUAGAGGCAAAUUUACCGGUGGCAUCACUGAACUGAGAGAAACAAUAUUACUUCUUAGGAAUGUGUCACAGGAUAGAACUUUAUUAUCAUGUGCAUAUAUUUUCCAGAAUCUAACUGAGUUGAUUUCCAAAGAUAAUUCAUUACUUGUGAACACUUCUAAGAAGCCAGCACAUAUUCUGGCUAUGUUAAGUUCCAUAUUUUCAUCGAAGAACACAAGUACCAGCCUGGAAGGGUGCAUUGAGUGGAUAGAUGUCAUAAAUAGUCUGUGUAUGUUAUAUAACUCAAGUUCCUCACCCAGCCAUCCUCACAGCACUUUGGGAAGCUUUAAGGAUAUAGAGAACAAAAUGAACUCUGCAUUGAAAAUUCUAACUUGGGCACUAAAUAAGAAGAUACCCUUUUGCCCAUCAAAUGAGUCAUAUAUAAAUUGUGUGACUGUUUACCUGAAAGACAUAACUGACUUUCUAAAUAUUAUAGUUACUAUAGGCUUAGGAAAAGAGAAGGUCCAUGAAUUUGAGAGUUUAUUUGCUCUCUUCAAUGAUUCCAUAAAACACAUAAAUAUGAUCAUCACCAAUUUAACAAGAGAUUAUGAUUUUGCCUCCUUGUCUGACUGGAAGCAUAUCAAGGACUUAUUUCUGAGACCCAGAGGAAUGUCAGAUGACAUUCCUGAUCAGUUUCAGAAUAUUUGGCAGCACAUCAUAACACUGGGGAAGGAAAUGCAGAAACUUUUAAAAGGUAGUUUCCAUAGUGUCCUCAGAAAUAAUUCCUCUUCUGACACUGAAGCAGUGUUUGGUGUAUUCUCUACCAGUCCAAAGGAAAGCGAUAUAAGCCGUUUAGGCAAUUCCAUUUACCGCUUAGCUAAUUACUUUGCUCUCAACUCAACUCAUGAUCUUUGGAAUUCAUCAGAAACUGUCCCACAUGAAAUAUUGAAAGCUGUAGGUUUCUGUAUCCAACUGACACGGGAUGUUUUCAACUCUUUAAUGCCUGCAUUCCGUUUCAAUAUUCCCCAAAGUUCAGAUCACGCUCAAGUUUUAAAGAAAGUGACAUCUUUCCUGCAUUCUCUCAAGAAGGCAGACAUAGAGCUCUUAGUAGGCCAGCUGGGUCAAAUUGGUGAAAACUUAAUGAGUUUCUUUAAGAAUCUCAGCAGGUCAGGGGUUGACAAUUUAGGGGUCCAUGUGCUUGUUGGCUUAGUGGAAACAUUUGUAGACAGCUCACAUUCAUGGAGCGUUAAUCACCUGCUGCGCCUCUCUCGCCUGCUUCCCAAGGAAGUGGUGAACACUGUGUUGGAUGUAUAUUACGCUCUUCCCCAUAUUGUGAGGCUCAUGCAGAGGGUCACAGAUAAAAACAUCACAGAGAGCCUCAGGGACAUUUAUAACUUCACACUUCUUCAUGGAAUAACGGCGUUCAAUACCAGCAAGGAAGACUUCGCCAAUGUGAUUAAAACUCUUCUGGAUACAGUGGAGUUAGUAUCUGACAAGCCAGCCGUUAUUUCAGAGGCUUUAAUGUGCCUUCCCAGGGCUUGGUGCUUGAACCACACAACUUCCGGGCUUGAGGAAAAUCCUGAGGUAGAAGGCUGUGAUGUCCAGGGGUACACAUCUUCUUCCUUUUACCACAUGGUGAUCAGUAUACUGAAUUUUCUUCAUCUGCCACACUCAAGUGAUUCCCAGUGCAUAAAUGAAAACUCUGGAGUGGAAAUAACCAGGAAAGUGGUCUGUGUGAUGCAUGAGUUUGCAGACUGGAAUUCUAUUCUCUCGGAGCUGUUGGAGAUCUUCCAUGUUAAAUAUGUACCUGUGAAGACUCUGCAGGGACUUUGGCAUAAGGUGUUACCCUUCAUGUCACCUUCUGGGAAUCAAGUCAAUGGCAGCAUCCCAGAACUCUGUCCUAUUGGUACCAUUAAGCAAAGUGCUUUGCAAGUCAUAGAAAAGCUAAAAUAUGCAAAUUUUACAAACUUUCUACUUCAUGAAAACAUUCUGGACAGGCUAGAUAACUUAUACAAGAUCCUUAACAUUACUGAAGUCACAGAUACAUCUGUCCAAAAAAAUGUUUACUUAAAUUUGGAGAGGAUCUUCAAAUUGAUUUCUGCUUUUUGGAGUUUAAGGAACAGUACUCACUAUCUACUAUCACCAAUUACAAACUUUCUGAAUAUAAAUCAUACAGAUAGGAGCCCAAACUCAUUGUUAAAUUUAAUUAAAACCGAUAAAGCAAUUUACAACUUUGAAGAACUGUGGUUUGACUUUAAACAAACCACCAAAGACCCUACCAGUAACUCAAGUCUAGGACAAUUACUUUCUGAUAUUAGCAAAAAGAUCAGAGGCAUAAUGGCUCUUCAAAACACAACUGUCCAACGUCCCCAGCUUCUGGAAAUCCUGGAUUCAUCACCGUUGAAGAUGUCAGAAAUUACUGAAGGCUUUUUAUUUCUCAUAGAACAUUGGCUCCGUGAGUAUGAAAAUGAAGAUUACUUCAGGUUGAUACAAAGACUACUUGAUGCCAUGACUAGUGGGAAUUCAACUGAUGUAACUAUGCUGGCCAGGGAUCUUGCUACAUAUUUGGGCUAUCUCAGAAACAGUACUAAAGAAGGCAGUUUUGAUGUUGGUGUUCUCACUCAUAUACUAAAUCAAGAGCAACUAACUAACUUCGCAACUCUUCAGUUACUUCUUGAAAGCAUUGUGAUGAAUUUAGUUAGUAACUUCGCUGAACAUUCUCAGGAAACCCCUCUGAGUUUCAGUGGCACCGACCUUCAAAUAAUGGAUUUCAUUACUCUCAUCUUGAAUCACACACAGUCCAAAAAUGGUGGGGAAACUGCAGGGAGCACAGAGAGUUUCCUGAAGCAGCUUUUGGAGACAUUCUUCUUCUCUUUGCUAAAUGGAAUGCCUGAAAAUAAAAUAUCACUUCUGCUAAAAGACCUCCAUAGAGGUUUCAUUGCAGAGAUGAGGUGAGUGCAUUUUAAUAAAAUUCUUAAAAUUCUGAAACAGGAUCCAUUCCUUACCUGGAUGAAUGAGGACUCAUUGAUGAAUAUUUUCUCAAGUGUCUGGACUGUUUAUUAUCUGAUUAAGAACUCAUUUUCAUUAGACAACAGAGAACUCUCUGGAGUCCUGAAAGGUUUAUCUCACACCCAUCCAAGGGAGCCCAGGAUGAACACUGACACUGAAGACCACUUGGAUUUCUUUACCGUAGUGACUCAGUUUCUCUCCCAGGUCAAUAAUUCUGAGGACCUCUCCAAAUUCAACCAAAAUCUUAGGUCUGUUCACCACCUCGUAAGAGAAAGUUCUGCAGAAACGGCUAAUAUCAGGGAUAUUCUCUUACACUCACCUACUCAGGCCUGCCACUCUUCCUUUCCUGUGCUCCAACACACUGUAGUUGCGAAGCUAAAUGACUUGUUUCUGUUGUAAAUCGUUCAUUUCCCUCUAAGAAACAAAGACACACCAGAACCAACUAUGAGGUUAUUUGGUGCCAUUUCCCGAGUUGGUGCAGAAAGUCAUGUCCUGGAGCCUGCCUUAGAAAUAUCUAGAGCUCUGACCAUGCUGGUGAAUAACACUGCUGAACUUGGUAGUGUUGCCUCUUCAGUGGAUUCCAUGGUGAGACUUCUCAAUCUAGCCAAAAAAGUUUCAAGAAAGAUGGCUAUGAUGUUGGGAGCUCUCUCCAUCUCUAGUACAAAGGACUCUGGGAAAUUCUUUGACACAUUGUAUUCCAUCAUGCUACAAAGUUUUCAACCCAAUGUGAAGCAAAUAAUUGCUUUGAAAAACGUAGAAUCUUUCAUUUUUGAAAAGACAAAGGAUUUGUUGGUGCCAUUUCUUGACCUGGCCUUCUGGAUGACUGGAGUCACACCUAAUAUAUCACAGGACUAUGGUAUUUUUAACAUGUCAUCUAAUAUACUUUCAUACAUCAACCAAUCCAAAGACUUUUCUGAGAUUUUGGAAGAAAUGACUGAAAAUUUAAUUUCUACAAAAAUUGGUUUGAGAGAUUUGGAGCAUCUUGUGGUGGUGAUUAAAAACAGAACUCAAAAUUUUUCUACAGAUGCUGCUAACUUAUGGGGAGAGAUUCUAGAUUGCUUAGUUCCUAUUAGUAACAUCACUGACCAACUGGACUUCUUAAAGUUUUAUAAGCUUUCUUCUACCAGUCGUCCUCAGGCCCUAAGUCACGAGGGUAGUCAUGAAGUAAUCCAAUUUUUGGAUGGAAUGUUAACAGAUAACAUCACAGAAAGAGAGACUUUCUUGAAAAUGGUGAUUGAUCUCACCUUACAAGCUCUUUGGAAUGGCUUAAACGAAGAUAACUGGGAUAUUUUUAAUCUCCUGUUGGCAUUUGCCCAACACCCAAAUGACCUUUUAAAAACCAUAGAAUCGUGGAGUAACAGUGACUAUGGAGAUGAUUUAAACCAAGAGUUAUUUUCCAAUUUGUCAUUGCUUCAGAACACCACUCACUAUCAGCUUGCAAAGACAGUCCUGAUUGUUCUCAGCAGACUGGUCCCCUGGACUGAAGGGCUGCCUCCAAACAAUGCUCAGUGGAUACAUUUCACAAGAACUUUGCUUCACCCAGAUAGCAACAGCUUUCCUAUUUCAGCCACUGGUCAGAAUGUUACAUCAACAAAGGGGGGCUCUGAACCAAUGUCAUACUUCCAGAAAUUUCUGAAGGCAUUAUUUGUAUCCAUUAGACACUGGCAGAGAGUCCCACAAGCUGAUCAAAGUGUUUUGGAGAUGUGUCAAGUUUUCCGGCAGCUGGAGAAGCCCUCGGAAGCUGUGGAGAUGCUGCACAGAGUGGAGAUGAUGGCGCUGCAUGUACUCAUCAUCUUUGCAGGUGGCCCGUCCCUGACUAAGGACGUUCUGUGUGCUGUGCUGAGUUGUAAGGCAGAUGGGAUGAGGCACCUGAUCUUAUCUGCUGUGCAAGGAGUCACUUUGGCACAUCUCCACUACCAGGAAAUUGGAAAGAUAUGGUCCUCACCGGAUCAGCUGGACUGUGAACGUCUUAGCAGGAAUCUGUUCAGUGCUUUGGAAGACCUCAAAAGCAGCUUGGAAAAUGCUUCUAGCCAGGGCUGCAUAUGCCAGCCCCUGGUAGGAACAGUGCAACAGCACAUGCACAGGUUGAUCAAAAGUCUCAAGGAGACAUGGAUGGCAAAGAUUCCUGUUUUGAUGUUCCUUAGCAAUUUCACAGUUACAGAGGAUGUCAAAAUAAAGGAUUUGAUGAAAAACAUCACCAAAUUAACUGAGGCCCUUCGCUCCUCCUUCCCCAUCUCUGACGAGACCAUCCACAGCAUCUUAGAAGCCACCAUUUCCCAUUCAAAGGUUCUCUCCAGUGUCCUCACUGUAGCUUUGUCUGGAAAGUGUGAUGAAGAGAUUCUUCAUCUCCUGCUGACCUUUCCCAAGAGUGAGAAAUCCUGGUUUGCUACAAAGGAACUCUGCAGCCUGCCUGGCUCUCAAGUGUUCUCUCUGCUUGUGGUGAUGGGCCAGAACCUGAACCUGAGGAACCUCAUUUACAAAACUCUGAUACCCUCUGAAGAAAAUGGCUUGCUCAACUCCCUGUUGGAUGUCAUUUCCAGCCUCAGCUCCAUCCUUGCCAGAGCCCAGCAUGUCCUUGAACAUCUCUCUGAAUUUCUUCACAUGUUUAAAAUCACCACCUUGCUAGACAUGCCAGACUUCCAACAGGUUUUACAGAAAGACCAAACCAGAAGUUCAUCUUUAGCCUCUUUCCAGUCUGUGAUGAAACUUCUCUGUAAGGACCAGGACUCUUUCCUCAGCAACUCCAACAUGUUCGUUAAUUUACCCAGAGUCAAUGAGCUCUUGGAGGAUGACAGAGAGAAGUUCAAUAUUCCUCAUGACUCAACACCAUUUUGUUUGAAGCUUUAUCAGGAAAUUCUACAGUCUCCAAAUGGUGCACUGGUAUGGUCUUUCCUAAAACCUAUAUUACAUGGAAAAAUACUGUAUACACCGAGCUCUCCAGAGAUCAAUGAGGUCAUUCAAAAGGCUAAUUAUACUUUUUACUUUGUGGAUAAGAUAAAAACUUUAUCGGAAACACUUCUGAAGAUGUCCAGCCUUUUCCAGGGAAGUGGAAAUGGCCAAAUGUUCAACCAGUUGCAGGAUGUUCUGAGAAACAAAUUCAUAAGAAAUUUUGUAGAGAGCCAGUUGAGUAUUGACACGGACAAGCUCACUGAAGAUCUCCACACAUAUGGACGGACGCUGGACAAGAUGUUUAAUCAUGUGGGGGCUGGACGCUUCCAGUUCUUGGGUGGUAUCUUGGCUAAUCUCUCUUCCUGUGUGGUGUUGGACCGAUUCCAGGCAGUGGAGGCUGUUGACACCCUGGAGAUCAAGGCACAUGAACUCAUGCAGCAGAAUAGUUUCUUGGCCAGUAUCAUAUUCAACAGUUCCUUGGGACACAGACAUAUCAGAUCAGCACAUGGCAAAUUGCCACCCCAUGUUACAUACACAAUCCGAACCAACAUCUUAUACAGCAUGAGAACAGACAUGAUAAAAAAUCCUUCCUGGAAGUUUCAUCCUCAGAGUCUACCAGCUGAUGGGUUCAAAUACAACUACAUCUUUGUCCCAUUGCAAGACAUAAUUGAGAGAGCCAUCAUCGCAGUACAGACAGGGCAGGAAGCCUUGGAGCCAACUACACAGGCACAGGCAUCUCCCUACCCAUGCCACACCAGUGACUUGUUUCUGAACAAUGUUGGCUUCUUUUUUCCACUGAUUAUGAUGUUGACUUGGAUGGUGUCUGUGGCCAGCAUGGUCCGGAAGCUGGUUUAUGAGCGAGAGAUCCAGAUAGAAGAGUACAUGAGGAUGAUGGGGUUGCAUCCUGCCAUCCACUUCCUAUCCUGGUUCCUGGAGAACAUGGCCACGAUGGCUCUGAGCAGUGCAGCUCUGGCUGCCAUUCUGAAGAUGAGUGGCAUCUUCAUGCACAGUGAUGCUUUUAUUGUUUUUCUUUUCUUGCUGGACUUUGGGGUGUCAGCUGUCAUGCUGAGUUACUUCUUAAGUGUGUUUUUCAACCAAGCUAAUACAGCAGCCCUGUGCACCAGCCUGGGGUACAUGAUCAGCUUCCUGCCCUACGUGGUUCUGUUAGUCCUGCACAACCAACUCAGCUUCACCAGUCAAACCCUUCUGUGCUUGCUUUCAACCACAGCCUUCGGACAAGGAGUCUUUUUCAUUACAUUUCUGGAAGGACAGGAAGAAGGGAUCCAGUGGAGUCAUAUGUACCGAGCUCCAGAGCCAGGAGGCAUGACAUUUGGCUGGGUCUGCUGGAUGAUUCUAUUUGAUUCAAUCCUCUAUUUUCUGUGUGGAUGGUAUUUCAGCAACUUGGUCCCUGGAACUUUUGGUUUAGGGAAACCAUGGUAUUUUCCCUUCACUGCUUCCUAUUGGAAAAGUGUGUGUGGUUUCAUGGAGAAGCGGCGAUGCUCUCUGAGUUCUGGCCUAUUCUUCUUCAAGGAGGAUGUUGGCAACAAAGGCUUCUCACAGCAAAAUGGCCCAGGAGAGCUAAAAGGAGGCACUCCAGGAGUGUCUCUAAUAUCUGUGACAAAGGAAUAUGAAGGCCACAAGGUGGCUGUCCAAGAACUCACCCUCACCUUCCACAGAGACCAGAUCACAGCCCUGCUGGGAACCAACGGUGCAGGGAAAACAACCAUCAUAUCCAUGUUGAUGGGGCUCUAUCCUCCCACUUCUGGAACCAUCAUCAUAAAUGGCAAGAACCUGCAGACAGAUUUGUCCAAGGUCAGAGAGGAGCUGGGAGUGUGUCCACAGCAGGAUGUUCUCCUGGACAAUCUCACUGUAAGGGAACACCUAGUGCUCUUUGCUGCCAUAAAAGCACCUUGGUGGACCAAGAAGGAGCUACAGCAGCAAGUCAACAAAACUCUUGAUGAAGUAGAACUAACUCAGCAUCAGCACAAGCCAGCUCGAGUUCUGUCUGGAGGCAUGAAGAGGAAACUCUCCAUUGGCAUUGCUUUCAUGGGCAUGUCAAAGACAGUGGUUCUAGAUGAACCAAGCAGUGGGGUGGACCCUUGUUCCCGUCGCAGCCUCUGGGACAUUCUACUCAAGUAUCGGGAAGGUCGCACAAUCAUCUUCACAACCCACCACCUGGAUGAAGCUGAGAUGCUCAGUGACCAUGUGGCUGUCCUUCAGCAGGGGAGACUCAGAUGCUAUGCUCCUCCUGCAGGCCUGAAGGAGACCUAUGGCCAAGGACUCACCCUGACGCUCACCAAACAACCCUCUUUCCUAGAAGCCCAGGAUCCCAAGGAUGUGGCUCGUGUUACAUCCUUGAUACAGGUCUAUAUUCCACAAGCAUUCCUCAAAGAUAGCAGCGGAGCUGAGAUGACUUAUACCAUCCCCAAGGAUGCAGACAAGACCUGCUUCAAGGGGCUUUGUCAGGCUCUGGAUCAGAACUUACAGCACUUGCACUUGAUGGGGUAUGGCAUCUCAGACACCACCUUGGAAGAGGUGUUUUUGAUGCUUUUGCAAGAUACCAACAAAAAGUCUCACAUCACUCCAGAAACCAAAUUAGAAGCUCAGAAUGAAAUACCUGCUGGAUCCUCUUCUCAACAAUGUGUCUCUACGGUGAGGAUGCUACCUGUAGGAACCCUGUUUGAGCCCAUGCGGGGCUUCCAGCUGCUUCUGGGACAGGCAGUGGCACUUCUGAGGAAGCGGCUGCUGCAUACACUACGAGCCUGGAAAAGCACCACCUCAGACCUGCUGCUGCCGGUGCUCUUUGUGGCCUUGGCCAUGGGCUUGUUCAUGGUGCAGCCUCUGGCUACCACAUACCCUCCUCUCAAACUGACACCUGGGCAUUAUGAGACUGCGGAAACAUACUUUUUCAGCAGUGGAAGUCAUGGUAUGGACCUCACCCAAGUGCUUCUGCGAAAGUUUGGAGAUAAGGAUCCUCUCUGUGCUGAUGUGUCUCCCAAGGAGCUUUUAAAUUCUUCAAGCUGGCAUAGGGACCCUUACUCUGGCCCAGAAUUCCAGGAGUCAUGCGGCUGCCUGAAGUGUCCAAAUAAAAGUGCCGGGGCUCCCUAUCUGACGAAUUGCCUGGGACACACACUGCUCAACCUCUCAGGCUACGACGUGGAAGAGUAUUUACUAAUGCCAUCUUCAAAACCAAGGCUUGGAGGUUGGUCUUUUGGAGUACAAAUUCCCAAUGAAGUUGAGGAUGUGAAGACAAACACAUCAAAGCAAAGAACUUUGGCAAAGGUGUGGUAUAACCAGAAGGGUUUCCAUUCUCUCCCUUCCUACCUAAAUCAUCUUAACAACCUGAUCUUAUGGCAACACUUACCGACUGAUGCUGCAGACUGGAGACAAUAUGGAAUAACACUGUACAGCCACCCAUAUGGAGGGGCCCUGCUGAAUGAAGACAAGAUCCUGGAGAGCAUCCGCCAAUGUGGUGUCGCCCUCUGCAUUGUCCUGGGAUUCUCCAUCUUGUCGGCAUCGAUUGGUAGCUCUGUCGUGAGGGACAGGGUGACUGGAGCUAAAAGGCUGCAGCAUAUAAGUGGCCUUGGCUACAGGACAUAUUGGCUAAUUAACUUCUUAUAUGACAUGCUCUUUUACUUGGUUUCUGUCUGCCUGUGUGUUGCCAUUAUAGUUGCCUUCCAGUUAACAGCUUUCACUUUCCGGGAGAAUUUGGUGGCCACAGCCCUCCUGCUGGCACUUUUCGGAUAUGCAAUGAUUCCAUGGAUGUAUCUGAUAUCCAGAAUUUUUUCCAGUUCAGACGUUGCUUUCAUCUCCUACAUCUCCUUGAACUUCAUCUUUGGCUUGUGCACCAUGCUGAUGACCACCAUGCCCAGGCUCUUGGCCAUCAUUUCCAAAGCCCAGAAUUUGCAGAAAAUCUACAAUGUCCUCAAGUGGGUUUUUACAAUUUUUCCUCAAUUCUGCCUGGGUCAAGGGCUCAUAGAACUCUGUUACAAUCAGAUCAAGUAUGACCUGACUCACAACUUUGGCAUUGAUUCUUAUGUGAGCCCCUUUGAGAUGAAUUUCUUGGGCUGGAUCUUCGUUGAGUUGACCUUGCAGGGCACAGUUCUUCUCCUCUUGAGGAUCAUGGUCCAUGGAGACCUUCAACGGUGGUCAAGGGUCCACUCUGCUCCUCAGGACACAGCCAAGUCUGCCCAGGACAUAGAUGUUGAAAAGGAACAAAGGAGGGUUCUGGAAGGAAGGACUGGAGGGGACAUCCUUGUGUUGGGCAACCUCAGUAAAAGUUACAGAAGUGUUUUCAGGUGGAAGACCACUGCUGUGAAAGGCAUUAGUCUGGGCAUACCACGAGGCGAGUGCUUUGGGCUCCUCGGAGUAAACGGCGCUGGGAAGAGCACAACAUUCAAAAUUCUGAAUGGUGAAAUUCCACCAAGUUCAGGCUAUGCUGUCAUCAGAACUCCUCAGGGAGAUAUGGUGGACCUGACUUCUGCUGGCAAAGUGGGCAUUCUCUUCGGCUACUGUCCACAGCAGGAUGCUCUGGAUGAGCUCCUGACUGGCUGGGAACAUCUCCAAUACUACUGCAGCCUCCGUGGGAUUCCAAAGCAGUACAUUCCAGAGGUGGCUGCAGACCUGGUAAAACGCCUUCACUUUGAACCUCAUGUGAACAAACCUGUGGCCACCUACAGUGGAGGAACCAGACGGAAGCUCUCCACUGCCCUGGCUCUGGUGGGAAAGCCUGACAUUCUUUUAUUGGAUGAGCCCAGCUCUGGGAUGGACCCCUGCUCUAAACGGUACCUGUGGCAGACAAUAACUCAGGAGGUUCGGGAUGGCUGUGCUGCAGUGUUAACCUCUCACAGCAUGGAAGAGUGCGAGGCUCUGUGUACCAGGCUAGCCAUAAUGGUGAAUGGCAGCUUCAGGUGUCUUGGCCCUCCUCAGCACAUCAAGAACAGGUUUGGUGAUGGUUAUACGGUCAAAGUUUGGCUCCACAAGGAAGGAAGCCAGGCUAGUGCUGUUUCUGACUGCUUGAAGCUCCAUUUUCCAGGAAUCCAGUUUAAGGGACAGCGCCUUAAUUUAUUGGAAUAUCAUGUACAAAAAAGUUGGGAGUGUUUAGCUGAUUUGUUCAAGGUUCUGGAGAACAACAAGAGCCUCCUGAAUAUCGAGCAUUACUCCAUCAGCCAGACCACUCUGGAGCAGGUUUUUGUUAAUUUUGCCACUGAACAACUGUAAAGUCCACACUUUCCUGUUGAUGUCCCCAUCCACUGAUGGUCAUCUUCUGUACCAUUCACAUAUCUAGGUACUAGAGGAAGAAGCCUGUCUUUUAUGACAGUUCAUCAAAGACCAGACACGGGCACAGCUGGAGACUGAAAAGA